GCAGAGCCACUCUCCGCCGCUGGGUCCUAGACGCUGGGCACUGACCAUGGCGUCGCUAUUGGAUAUGUUUUGAUUAAAGUUGACGGCCAUUUCAUUUAACGUUUAUUAACGGAUUUUUUUUGGGGGGGAGGGUGUACCUUUGCAUUGGAUCCAGCGCUGCUUGUUGUUAACGGAGGUAACAGCACUGGGACACCGCGAGAAACUGAGGAGCCGAAGUGGGGGGACAACUCAUCAAGUAACGUUACCAGUCAAGGGACUGACCCAGGCUAGGCUAGCUCGUCAGCUCGCUUAAAGUCCUAAAGAGUUCCCGUGUACCUAACGGGAAAAGUCCCAGUAUCAAGGUAUCUAUCUCUUUUGAGGUGGACCGCCCUGUAAUGUUUAGGCCGUUGCGUUAGUCGGGGUGUAAUAGCGCUUCAAUGGACGGUGCAGGUGCACCACUUGCGGCACCUGCAAAACUUACUAGCUGCAUCGGUGAAGGAGCUAAAGUUAGCCUUACCGCUAACACCCCUAGUCUGGGAGGGGGUGUAUAACCACUGUAUCAACCAAGUAUAAUAAUGUAUAAUCCUAAAUGAUUAUAUUUACUAGGUGCAUGGGUGAAUGAGCUAGGAUUAGCCCCACCACUAACUUUCCUAGUCUAAACAGUAGGGUAUAUACCACCUCUCUUAACCAAGUAUAACAAUAUAGUACAAUCAUAACGUUUUCUAGUAAUUAACUGCUAACUGUCAGAAUACACAAGUGGAGACAGUUGUGUAUUUAACCAUUGGCUUUGAACAACAGAUCCCCUAGCUGGUUAGUUGGUAGCCUACUUUAUUGACCCACUGAGACAUUAUACAAGAGUGGCGACGUGGAGACGAAGCAGCAGCAUCGGCGUCCUCUCCCUCACAUGGGACCCGGGAACCAGCUCCUGACCUCGGCUUGGGCUGAGCUCGGAGUCUAGCCUCCCCGUGCUGCUCCAUGCGCGCCGUGGACCAGCACCAGCAUGUUAGUUCUGUCACACAGGUCUUCCUUUGAAGUUUACUUUUUGUUAUCAUAGCUUUUGCACCCUAUGGUGCGUCUACGGCCACCGAGAAAUGGCGGCUUUCCCAAACGGUGACGGUGGUGGCGGUGGGAAAGAGGAGCAUGUCUGUUCCGAUGCCCCCGCGGCUCCGCAGGCCUGGGCGCACUCUGCCCCGCUGUGUCCGACCCGCUCGCUCUGGACAGCGGCGUACGACUACGAGGCAAGCGGGGAGGAUGAACUCAGCCUCCGUCGUGGCGACGUGGUGGAAGUGCUCUCCAAAGACGCUGCGAUCUCCGGGGACGAGGGUUGGUGGACUGGGAAAAUCAACCACAGAGUCGGUAUUUUCCCGUCAAACUAUGUUACGUACCAGCCCGCUAUUUAUCGAUUGCCUACCACCGGCUGCACGGUGGGAGUCCGGGAGCGCGUCCCCAGCCUCCCGCCAGCCGAGAUAGUUUUUAGCGAACUCGUUCUUGAAGAAAUCAUAGGCGUUGGCGGGUUCGGCAAGGUGUACCGGGGGACGUGGAAGGAUCAAGAGGUCGCCGUGAAGGCUGCCCGUCAAGACCCAGAUGAGGACAUCACUGCCACCGCUGACGGGGUCAAACAAGAAGCCAAACUUUUCUCCAUGCUGCAACACCCCAACAUCAUCAAACUCGAGGGAGUUUGUUUGGAGGAACCCAACCUGUGCCUGGUCAUGGAGUACGCCCGCGGUGGUACCCUGAACCGGGCACUGACCGGAAGGCGCAUCCCACCGCACAUCCUGGUCAACUGGGCUGUUCAGAUCGCACGCGGGAUGCUAUACUUACACGAGGAGGCCGUGGUACCCAUCAUCCACCGUGACCUGAAGUCUAGCAACGUGUUGCUACUGGAGACGAUCGAGAACGACGACAUCGGGAGGAAGACACUGAAGAUCACAGACUUUGGUCUGGCUCGGGAGUGGCACAACACCACCAAGAUGUCCGCCGCAGGAACCUACUCCUGGAUGGCCCCUGAGGUCAUCAAGUCCUCGCUCUUCUCUAAAGGCAGUGACGUAUGGAGCUACGGGGUGCUGCUGUGGGAGCUGCUGACGGGGGAGGUGCCGUACCGGGGGAUCGACGGGCUGGCCGUGGCCUACGGCGUGGCCGUCAACAAGCUGACCCUGCCCAUCCCCUCCACCUGCCCCGAGCCCUUCGCCAAGCUCAUGGAAGAGUGCUGGGACCAGGACCCCCACGUGCGGCCCUCCUUCUCCUGCAUCCUGGAGCAGCUGUCGGCCAUCGAGGAGGCGGUGAUGGCCACCAUGCCCCAGGAAUCCUUCCACAGCAUGCAGGACGACUGGCGCGUGGAGAUCCAGGAGAUGUUCGACGAGCUCAGGACCAAAGAGAAGGAGCUGCGCUCGCGGGAGGAGGAGCUGUCGCGGGCCGCCCUGCAGCAGAAGUCCCAGGAGGAGCUGCUGAAGCGGCGGGAGCAGCAGUUGGCGGAGCGGGAGAUCAACGUGCUGGAGCGGGAGCUCAACAUCCUCAUCUUCCAGCUCAACAAGGACAAGCCCAACGUCAAGAAGAGGAAGGGCAAGUUCAAGCGCUCCCGCCUAAAGCUGAAGGACGGCAACCGCAUCAGCCUGCCCUCGGAUUUCCAACACAAGAUCACGGUGCAGGCCUCGCCCUCAAUGGACAAGAGGCGGAGUCUUCACAGCACAAACUCCUCCCCUCCCAGUAGCCCCACCCUCAUCCCGCGACUACGAGCCAUUCAGCUGACCCUGGAUGAGAGCAACCGGACGUGGGGCCGCAGCACCCUCUUCCGGCCCGAGGAGUUCGACGACGUGAAGAAGGGCAUCAAGAAGAAGGGCCGGACCUGGGGCCCCAGCUCGGUGCAGAGCAAGGAGCGGCCCGCCACCGCCGAGAGAGUUCGACCCCUCUCUGAUGGCAACAACCCGUGGUCCACCAGUCUGCUGAAGACCCAGAAGUCCGUCCCCCUGGCGGCGCUGUUCGCUGAACAAGGUGAGGCGGGCCCCCAGCCGCCUUAUAGGGGCCCCACAGCUGAACAAGGUGAGGCGGGCCCCCAGCCGCCUUAUAGGGGCCCCACUGCUGAACAAGCAGGGGGCGGCAAAGACGACACCUACUCCCCAGACGGCGGAGAUGGUGGCAGCAGCAGCAGCUCGAAACCAAAGCAACUCAAGUUCCCCAACCAGGUGUACAUCGACCUACCUCUGUGGAGGGAGGACCCGGAGGCCCAGGGCACCGGGGCCGCUCCCUGCUGGCCGGGCGGGGAGCUUGGGACCGCGGGGGGGCCGGAGUGUCCCGAGGACCCCUGCACCACCACAUCCACCUCCUCCACCUCCACAACCCCCCAGGUCACGCCCACCAACAGCCUGAAGCGUGCCUCGGCGCGACGCCGGACCGACGCGGUGCUGUACGGAUGCGGGGCCCUGCUGGCCUCGCUGGCACUGGGCUACGACCUGCGGGAGGCCCUCAGGAGCCCCGAGGAUGCCGGGGAGCCGCAGCGCGAGGAGAAGAAGAAGAAGGAGGGGCUCUUCCAGCGCGCCACCCGCUUCCGACGCAGCACCUCUCCACCGGGAGGCCGCGCCCCCCGCAAGGAGGAGCCCGCCUCUGGCCACUCCCCCGGCCACGCCCCCGGACCCGUCAAUCUCAUCUCCAUGUCGGCCAUCGUGGAGGGCAACGCCUCCAGUGGUGUGCUGCGGACGGGGGGAGGCGGGGGUGCGGACGGGGACCCGGGGGGGAAGGGGGAGAGUCCGGACGCCGUGGCCGGGGUGGAGGGGCAGCAGGAUACGGUGGCAGGAGCAGCUCGGACCCAGAGCCAGCCCCCGGCACAGACACCCAGCCCGGCACCAGAGCCGGGGCACCCGGUCCCAGGACUACGGUUACGGAGGAGGAAGUCCUCCUCCACCAGCCCCAGUACCAAUGGGCGUACGCCAGAGCAGGCUCCUCCUCCUCCCUCCACCAAUCAGAAGAAGUCAGAGAAGGAGCAGAAGAACGGCCCGGCGGCGGUGGAGCACAGGAAGAAACCUGAGGCGCCGUGCUCCAGGCCCCGGCCCCUGUCCCUGCGGGCCAAGCCCCAGACCUGGGCCCUGCUGCGGGGCCGCAACAAGAGCUACUCCCUGGGCCACUACUCGGGCCACAAGAGCUCCCAGGCCCUGACGGUGAUGCUGGGCCCCCAGGGGCCCGGCGUGGCGGACUGCUCCCUGCUGGACAUGGACACGGAGGGCCAGAAGAGGGACUGCACCGUGCCGCUGUGCCGCAUCCAGAGCUCCCCGGGCCGCCCCUCCGUCUUCCAGCUGGAGAAGGACUUCCUCUCCUAGGGGCCCGGAGAGGUCUGUUGGUGGUGGUGCUGCUGCUGGGCGCUGAGCCGGGGGCCCCCGUACCCAUAGUGUUCUACUACAGGAAGGGCUCCUCCAACGUCUCCAGCGCUGGACCUCCUGGAAGUCACUGCCUGUUGAUUUUUAUUUUCAUUCAUAUAUUCAUACAUUCAUUCCAGAUCAAAGAGCUGCAUUCAGAGGAAGGUUCCAGAGCUGUGAAGGCAGCUCUACCGCUUUGGUUCAGGUGCUCCGCUGCCCUCGCUGGCCUUUAGACCCUCUCCAAGGUGGCCUUGUCUUCUCUUCCUCCCUUCCUCUCUUUGUUCUAUGAUUGGCACAGCUAAACGUUGACCGCCGCUGUAGCCAAUGGCAACACGGUUCCUUCACCUGUUUUAUUUAUACAUGUUGCCGUUGGUGAUGUAGAAGAGACUCGCUGCUGGGUGGAGCAGGGUGUGAGCAGCGCGGAGGAGAAGGUAAGCUUCCCUCUGGUUUCCUUACGGACCCCCCUGGCGCCGGUACUGAUAGUCAUCAGACUUGUUACAGAAUAAUUGAUGCAUUUAUUGUCAAGCAGUAACUAAAUCCAAUCAAAACGCUUUGAUUUACAAAGCGUCUUUUUUGUUUGUUUGUUUUUAUCCAUUUCCUUUGGCGGCUGGUACCUGUCUGUCUUCAAUGUUGAUGCCAGUUUGGGGAAGACUAAUUAUGAUCCGAGUGCUAGCAAUGCAUGGGUGUAAAGUUUCCACUCAGAAUUUAGACUGAAAUGAAAUCCAAAAGACCCUACCUUCUCUCUGGAACAUAGCCGUAUGGCGCUUAUAUGGCUUUUGACAAGUAUUUAUAUUCAACAUCUCCUCAACUUUUGGCAUUCACAAUUGUGUGAAUCUUAAUUUUAUGAAAAAUCAAGAAUCUAUAAGUAAUGAAUAACUCUUUAAUGUAAUAAUACGCUAGGAAGUGUAAACCAAGUAGCAGCGUAUAAAAAAACCACUUGUUCCACGUGAGGAUGUAAUUACGUUAAGACCAUGGUACUGAUGACUUAAAAAAACAAUCAAUAACCAAUAUGUGUUGGCCUUUUCUUGUGGUGUGCUGGGAAGUCGGUAAAGAUAAUGAAUUGAAGUUGUGUCAAGGCCAGAUGUAACGUGUGUGCGUGGUUCACAGGACGUUCAACUUUAUUAUUUUAUAAACCAGACACAUGCCUUCGCUACUGCUUUAACGACCACUAAAACCAUUCUGAAGUAGUGGGAAGGAAACCAUUAUAAUGGAGGAGGUUUCUAUUCGACAAGACCAAUUCUCAGAAACAACGUCGCCUUAUUGAUGUACUUCAUGAAGCACCGCAUUUCAUCAUACUGUAACAUGAUUUUGUAUCGCAAAGCUAGGAUUUCAGGGCUUCAGCAGCCAGCCAAUAAGAGACGCAUAACAACAUAACUAGCCUACCACUAUCUCAGAGUUCUACGCACUGCUAUUACUGAAGGUUAGUCUGAGCUGAGCAGGACUGCUCUAUGCAUACCCCCCCGAUGUCUUAACAGUGGAGAACAUAUCUUUAAUCGAGCACAAUGUUUUUGAACAAGGGCAAUCUCAGUCUCAUGUAUUUGACCAAAACCACUACGUGAAAAACCAGCUGCUUAUAUAGAUGACAUAUAUAUAUUUUUAAAGAGAUCUGAAUAUGACCUCAGCUCGUCUGAUGACACCCUACACACUGCUCCUCGGUGAUUAUUCCCCGAGACGUCGGAAGGACAUAAUGAACAAAGUGCGGGACGUGAUCUGUUUUUUAAUUUGUUCUGUUUGAUGUAAAUCUUUUAUUUUUGUUAUCACAACAGUAUUGGUUAUUUUUCACUCCUGAUUGAUCAAAAUAAGAGAGUAUUGAACAAUGUUAAUAAAGUGUAAAUCAGGACUUAGAUUUGACCCUUGUGUUUUGUUUACAAGAUUGAAUAAUUUAUAUUGCCUGAGAAAACGAUGCUUAGUCAUAUUGUGAGUUUUAAGAAAUAAAAAAAAACUUUAUUCUGGAGCAAAUAGCUGAUGAUUUGUGUACAGUUUCAGACAUUUGCACCAGGUCCGUUUUUUAACAGAAUGUUACAUGAAUCAUUAAGAAUAAAGCUUGAAAUAUU